AUGGGAGUUGAGGAUAAGAUUGUGUAGAAGUUAGAGGUCGACUCAAGUGCCGCUUUUUCAUUAGACUUGGCUUUUACAGUAUUAAAGCAGGUUGCCUUUGAUCCAACUUCCUAAAACUAUUGUGAAUAGGAAGAAGGGGAACCAAAAAAUGUGUCAAAAGAAAGACAUAGAGCUUACAACCUCAAAUAUAUAUAACCUCCUAAGGGUUAAGUGACUCCCAGAGUAGCAGAACCUCCAAAACACAUAUUUAUGAUGCCCACACAAUUGUGGGAAGAUUACGAACCCUAAUUGAUAAGACAAAAGACCAAAGAGUACAUUGAGGAGUAUCCUGAUGAAAGGAGGAUCAUGGAAUAAAAAUGCCUAGAAAAACAGUACAAAGAAUAAAAACUGAGACAACAAUCAAGAGAAAAGAGAUAAGUGAAGGAGUUGCAUUCUCAACUGAUAAUGAAGAUUGGUUCUAAAGAAUACACUUACGAUUACAAUUGCAAUCCACUUGCUCGAUCCAAUAAUUAAGUCAAGAAGGAUGUUAUAACAACAUUACCAUAUGAAAUUCCAUUAACUGAUAACAAUUCUAUAAUUUCUUAACCCAAGUUAAUAGAAUAGGUUAAAUAAAAAAGGAGACAGGUUGAAAAUAUCGAAACCAUAAUGGAAUUCGAAGAAGAACAAGUACAAGAGAUUAAAUUACAACCUGGAGUCAGACUCAGUCUAAAACCCAUCCAACUCUAGGAAUAAUCUUUCAGAUUGUAAACUUAAAAGUCCAAACAGCAAGAUGCAAGUUCAAUCUCUUAAAAAAUACCCAAAAAGUACAAAAAUGUGGUUAAGCUUAAUAAUAUCAGUUUGGUUAGUUACUUGUAAUAGUAGGAUGGUGAUAGUUACAUUAAAAUGGGGUCGAUGGCUACAAAUUAAACUUAACAAAUUACACCUACAAAUCAAAGCUUCAUCGAUUAAGAGAGUAUUAAGCAAGACUUACUCAGAUUACCUAAAUUGAGAUCGCACUCUAUAAAUCCCAAAACAAAAAGAAAAAGUAGAUUGUACCCUUCUUAUUCAAUUGUGACUUAAAGAGAUUGA